GUUCCUCUCCUCCUGCGUCCCAGCAAGAGCAGCCGUCACGGUCUUCACACGAUCAAAGCCGUUCUCGUUCCCACGAGCCCGAGACUCACGCCCAUCAGCGGCGGUCUCAGGUCCUCUCUCACCACGUGCGCGCUGGGCCCCAGUCCAUCAGAUCCCCCAGGAGCACCUCCAAAGGUGGCCAGUCUGCGGCCAAAACCAGCAAGUGCCACGGCUUCUAUCCGGCGGAUGUGUACCAUCUCGCCCAGCAGAGCCAGCCUCAGCCCUCGACGGGUCUCCAGCACAGCCACAGCAAGAGAUCGAGAGCCAGAGCCAGAGCACAGGCGCUGUCGCCCUCCAAACACACCCAACCACUGCAGCCCUCGCCCGUCAACGAACACAGCGCCGGCUUUGUGCUGCCUGUGGUCCAGCGACACGAACACCAUCAUCAUCACGAACACCAUCAUCAUCACCACUACCACCAGACGUGAUGGUAC